CUUGCCUCUAAAAAUCUCUGCAGCAGAGUUCUCCCUCCUAUCCUCCACCUCUCCACAUUCCAUACCUUGAAAGUUCCAUCCAUGUACCCCCCUGAGGUUGCUGGCUUCCAGUAUAGAGGCCAGCUAGACUUUAAGAAAAGGUUCUUUGGAGCUUAUGCAAGCCAAGUCCAAGCCAUGGGUUCAGUAGAUGGAGUUUCUUUGCCUUGUUCCGGCCCUUGUCACAACCCAACAUCAGAUGAGGCUGAUGAGCACCGAGCAAGCCUUGAGGAUGAGAGGAGGAGGAGGAGGAUGAUAUCAAAUAGAGAGUCAGCCCGGCGGUCACGCAUGAGGAAGCAGAGUCUCCUGGAUGAGCUGCGGUCACAGGUGGUAUACCUCCGAGCCAUGAACCGAAGGCUCAUCGACGAGGUCAACCAUGUGUUGGAGGAGCAAGAUCGGAUCCUCCAGGAGAACGCCUGGCUCAGGGAGGAAGCAUCUGAUCUCCAGAAAAAGCUCCACGACAUGCAAGUAGAGAUCACGAGUGCUGCUCCAAGAGCUCCAUAUCAAGCAUGAAAAUUUGCUGGGAUCUAGCACCCAUCAGGGACAUGAUUCACCCAGUGAAAUCUUUUUGCAGUGUUAUUUCUUUCUCUCAUUGUUCUCUAUCUGUCUUCUGUUAGAUGUGAACUUUACCAGUAUUGCUGUGUCGAUUUCACGCUCCUUAUGAUCCAAUUGUAGCAGAAAGCUCUACUACUAGCUUCGCUACUCAGUUCAAGAUUACAGAAGGGAGAAAGGAAGGAGAUGAGUAAAAGCUCUGCAUCAGAUUCCGUGGUGUCUCGUUGAAUCAAACUAUGCUAAAAUUCUGGUGUAAUAUAAUAUUAAUUAAAUAUAAAUCUACGUUAUCCAACA